AUGUCUAUGGAAUUAGAUCAAUCAUUGGAUGCUAUCAUUGCUUCAAAGCCCAAAGGAGGAAUUAGAAAGCGCCGUUCUCGUGUUAGCAAACCUAAAGCCCCUAAAGCAAACAAACCCUCUAACGAUACUGCUUCUACCAUAAAAUCGGUAAUCUCUGAGGAAUCUAAAAUCAUCGUAUCUAACUUGCCUGCUGAUGUUACAGAGCCUCAAGUUAGAGAACUUUUUGUAAAGUCUAUUGGACCUUGCAAGCGUGUAUCUUUGGCUUAUGGCCCAAAUGGUCGCUCAAAGGGCAUUGCUACUGUUAUCUUUUCUCGUCCUGGCGAUGCCACUCGUGCUUAUGAACAGUACGAAGGACGUGUGGUUGAUGGCACCAGAAAAAUGAAGGUUGAGAUUAUCCUUGACCCCAGUCGUCAAUUGAAUUCAUUAGCCGCUCGCGUUGCUCCUGCUAAAGCCAAUACAUCUAGCAAGCCCAAGUCCACAAGAAGAAGAAACAUUCGUCGUGGUAAGGGUAAUAGCCGUCCCAAGAAAUCGGCUGAGGAGCUUGAUAAGGAAAUGGAUGAUUACUUUGGAUCGAACACUGAGAAUAAAAAUGAUCAAGGACUUAUGAUAUAA